AUGUCCGGGGGGCGCGUCUGCGGGGCAGGGGCCGCUGCGCUCCUCCGACUGAGAGGAGGGCUGAUAGUGGAGCGGAUCGAUCCUCCUCUCCGGCUGACGCAGGAGUGGCUGGAGGCGACGACGUUCGAUGGCACUCCCGUGCAUUGCGCCUUCCACACGGACUGGAACGGGACCAGGUUCAGCAAGGAGGAGCUGCUGUGGAAGGCGGUGGAGAUCGGGGACGCGGACGCCAUAGAGCGGCUGAUCAAGGCAGGAGCCGACAUCAACGACAUGAACCUGGCGGGUCAGAUCCCCCUGCACUCGUGCGCUAUGGCGGGGCAUGAAGAUCUACGAUGCCUGGCAAUGCUUGUGCUGCAUGGCGCCAACAUAACGCACAAAGACAACGGGGGAUGGGAUGCAUUGACGUAUGCCCUGGACGCUGCCAUGGACGUGGGGCCUCCUAUCGCAGUCACGUUUCUCAUGGAAGUGCUGCGGUCCAUCGAUGUAGACCCGAAGAACAGCAGGGGGUUCGAGGAGCAGCCAGAGCUCAUGGCCUUGUUUGAGAUCCCUCCGGAGCAGAAGGAAAGGCUCAACGGUACGAUGACGAUGCUGCUGAGCAACUUCGAGGAUGGCGGGUACGAGGCGGUCCCAAGUCUCCAGGAGGUGAACGAGCUGAUAAGGAAGGGGCUCGGGGUGGAGAAGCAGAAGCAGGAGAUCACGUUUGAGACAAGGAGGAAUCCGAGGAGGAAGAAGUUUAAGAACGUGAGCGAGAAGUGGAGGGCGUACAAAGAGAAGAAGAAGAAGAAGAAGCAGUUGCUAGCGGAGGGCCAGAUCAACAAGAGCCCGUCGGGCUAG